CACAAGUGACGAAGUAAAUGUGCAAACUUUGAAUGACGGCGGUAUUUCGAGAACAUCUUUAUUUUGAGUACAGUUUCAUUGUACCAAUAUGAUUAAACUGUAACCCCUUUUAUUUCAGUUUUUUUUCAUGCAUUAAUCUGUCUCGUAUAGUAUGUAGCUAGGUAGCCUGUCUGCUGUAUUUUUUCCUUGCUACGCACUGUGUUGAGCCAGUAAUUAUACAGCUAGGCUACUGCCGCAACUUCAACUUGGUCCAGGUCCAGAAGUGAGUGUUUUAUAACGUUAUGGCCGAGGAUGGAGAAGGUAGCAGCCAGCGCCUUCGGAGCUUGAAGAGCCGUCUUAUCGAGAUUUUGAGUGCCGAUCCUGAUCAUGUGUUGCAGCACGCAGACUCGCUCGGCCUACUUACAGAUCAACAGUACAAACAAGUCAAAGCCGUAACAGACCCAAGUGCAAACAUUCGAGACCUACUGGAUAAUGUUACCCAGAAAGGGGAUGCGUCUUCAAAAAUAUUUCUCCAACUGUUGAAGGGCAAUGCUAUGCAAGAAACAUUUCCCAUGUUGGAUUGCCUGUGUAAACUGCCAGAGACCCACAAUCAAUCUACAGCUGUUUUUGUGUUGGCGACAGCUGAAAAACAAAGGAAACGAGAGGCUGCUGCAUCGGAGGAUGUUACACCAGCCAAACAGGCAUCCAGGGGUGGUCCGAGUCUGGUAGAGGAGAAGCAGCUGAUGAAGCUGGCUCGUAACAUUGGGACUUCCUGGAAAGAGAUCGGAAGGCUGGCCCUGGACAUCGGCACUGUGAAGCUGGAGCAGAUCGAGGAGGACCACCCCAACAGCCACAGAGAGCGUGUGUUCGCCAUGCUGCUGUGCUGGCGAACGAGCCAGAGGCAGGAGGCCACGGCAGCCCGGCUCCAUGCCCUGCUCUGCCAGGACGACUGGGCGCUGCCACCAGACAGUAUCGACUUCCUCCUGGAGCCCAGAUGAGCCCCUCACAGGCUGCAUCCAUCAUGGCUGCCUCUGCAGGUUUCCCUGCAGUGUUAGCCUGACUGAUUACAUAAUAGUGGGAACUUUGAUAUUGACUUUAUAUUCCGUAGGCCUAUUUUGUACUCUGGUUUGAUGUGUUCGAUCAUGUUCUAAAGCUUAGUGAGACUGGGAUCCCCAUAAGCUGACAUCUGAAUAACAGCAGGUCCUCACAGGUUUACACAAGACAGGACCAUAAACAAAUCCAAAUCUUCCAAGGGACAGUUGUCACUUUAUUAUCCAACGAUAAUAGUCAACUCCAAUUAUGUUUUAUAUCCUUCUGAAGUGCUUUUUUAUCCAACUGAGAUAAUUUUAUGAUUACUAUGUGAUGCGUAAAUGGAAAUCGAUUGUAAUUGAUUGUUGUCCUUUGCUGUGUAGCCUAUGUGCCUAUUUCCUGUUAGUCACUAAAUUAUGUAAAAUUGUGAAAGAUGAGGAAUGCAUAGUGGUGCGUUUAUUUUAUUUUUUUACUAGAAUUGUAUGCUUUGUAUUCUGCCUUAUAGCGGCUUCUGAAAAUUCCAGGAAUAAAAUAGUCUCAUAACGAUUACUCAUUCAUCAACA